CUUUCGUAUAUAAUCCCUGUUUACAACCAGAGCAAUUUGCAAUACUUCCUUACAUGAAGUUCGAAACCAGUCUCAUUAAAUUCAAUCGCAUUGGUACCUGUUGACACCGACACUAUGAGGCUAGUGGCCGAAAUUGGGACUCGAGACAUUUGAAGAGGUUUUCUCGGCUGCGGGCUCGCUGAUUUCAAGUUACCGAUACACUUGCCUAUCCCUUAUUCACAGCCGAGAUCGAAGCUGAACGGUAUUGCGGAACUUACAUGACUGUGCCUGCAUGUACUUUUUGGUGGUUGCCUGCUUCGUUCAGACCAGAUCUUAACACAAAAGGGCCGCAUCCCUCAAAUGUCGAACCCAUAAAUAAUCCAUCGUUCAAACAUUUCCAUCAGGGAACCAGAUUUUUCAUCUUACACCUUUGAUCACACUUCACAAUUCUCAUCAUUUAAGGCAUGUCCUCAACUCACGUUCUGAUUAUUGGUGGUGGAAUAGGAGGUUUAGCUCUUGCCCAAGGUCUCCGAAAACACAAGAUCACCUUCACCAUCUUCGAGCGAGACCCGACUCCUGCUUCACGUGCUCAAGGCUAUCGCAUCAGGGUUGCAGGCAUUGGGGCCGAAGCGCUCUACGGCUGUCUUGACGAUAAACUCUGGGACUUCUUUGAGAAGAGCUGCGCAGCUAUGGAAUUUGGAGCGAGUUCUCUAAAUGCUCUCGAUGCCUCAAACCUUCCAACUCCAGGUCCACCAGGUGGUUUCGGAAAGGGAUCUCAUCGAUAUAGGAGUGGAAGUGAUGUAACAGUGUCUUCGAAAGUGAAGCCUGCAUAUACUGUCGACCGAACUAUGCUGCGGGCUCUACUUCUUCUCGGACAAGAUGAGAACAUCAAAUUCGGGAAAUCUUUCACGCACUACGAAAUCACUGCUGAAGGAAUCAAAGCAUUUUUCGCUGAUGGCACGUCCACUGAAGGCAGCCUUCUCGUCGGAGCUGAUGGUAUCUCAUCUCCAGUCAGAAAACAACUCCUCCCCCAUCAACGAUACGUCGACGUCAACACCCGGGCUAUUUUCGGCAAAACACCCAUCACACCUGAACUCGAAGCAAGCUUCGCGGCUGAAGCAAUGAAGCAUAUAACCAUUAUCAGAGACCCAACCCCCUUCCUAGCAUUCCUCGAACCUGUGCGUUUCCAGCCAAACAUCCCGCAAGCAAGCAACAAUAGGCUACCUCAGAUGGACAACUACGUGUACUGGGUAUUCGCCGGUGCGACAGACGACAUGGGGAUGUCCGAUGAGGACUUUCGCCAUCUGUCGGGCAAGGAAGCGGCAGCUCUCACGAGAAAGUUGACAUCGAAGUGGCACCCGACCUUCAAGCCUCUUUUUGACAUGCAAAGUGAAGAACAAGCAGCUCCCUUGAGGCUGCUUUCCUCGAAGCCUCAUAAACCGGACUUCUCUCCUAAUUCCAGAGUAACAUUACUAGGCGAUGCAGUGCACGCCAUGAUGCCUGCUGGAGGAUCGGGUGCCAACGUUGCACUUUCGGACGCAGCUCUGUUGGUGAACUUGUUGGUUGAGACCAAAGAGAAAGAGGAACCGGUUGGGAAGGAAGUCAUGACGAAGUUUUGGGAUGAGAUGUGGGAGCUUGCGUUACCAGCAAUUCAAGCAAGUGCAGAAGGAGCUUCGAAGCUGUUUGGCUUCGAAGGAUUCGAGAGUACGAAAGAGGUUGAUGUCUGAAGCGUUUUGAGACAUCGAUCUUCCAUCCAUAUUUGAUUUUGUAAUGCGAAUG